UGGAUCAUCCUACGCUUGCCUUUCUGUCCGUUAUUCUCAUGCUGGGCCUGGCAAGAUGCCAAGACAACGCUCGUUUCCUUGUCGACAUCGUUAAACCAACAGGCCUCGCUGAUGUAAAGACCACCAUGUCCUCUGUAAACAUCAUCUUGCAAAAAACAGCUGGUGUUGAUUUCAUCUUCAAGGUGGUUGGUGAACCAAGAGUAUUAGCAAUUCUGAAUAUACCCAGCCUGUGUGAUAUGCGUCCUCUCGAAGAGAAGUUGUUGGCGGCUAAUCUGGACAUCACUGUUAAAUCUCUGAUACUUGGUGAAAAACUUGCAGCUGAUCUGGGGGUGAACAAGACCCUUAUUGCAAGUGCCCCGCCUUCAGCAGACAUAACUGGAGACUACAUCUACUUAUGGGAUGCAAUUUUCAGAAUGGAAGGUCUAAACAGUGAAGAAUACAAAGAGGAAAUACGAGACAAUCUGGAGAACAGCAUCAAGUUCAGACUGGACAAUCACCAGAGUGUCAUAUAUAGAGUUCUCGGAGGGUUUCCUAUUCAGAUGAUGUAUUUUGCAACAGCGAAACCAGAGGAGGCUGAACUGGUUGUCUGGCACUUCAACCGCCCGAAACUGGUUUACAGAGUUAACGUGGUCAGGGUUGAGUUGCUAGACGUCUAUCUUAACGGCUGUCAGUAACAACCUGUACUUUGUGCAAUAAAGAAGUCAGUAGCAUAGACUUUUAGGUUGGCAUUGAAUAAAACUCAUAUCAAUUAAGUGUU